UGUCAACUCCUCAUAAAAAAGCCGGGAGUUUUCCCCUCACUCGUCUGCAGCAGCAAACCCUGAGCAGAAUGGAGCCGUCGCUGUGCGUCUUAACCCUCGUUAUGUUUCUGGGAGCAGUUUUAGACAAAACCGGGACCCAACUAAUCAACAGAACCACAGAGACUUACUCAACCACUACAACCGAGAUGGUGAACUGGACUAAGUCCACUGUGGAGGCUCUCAUCAAACUCCAACCAACUGCAUCUACAACGCACACAGCUGUGACAAGCAAACAGGACACAAAACAGAGCAGCAACAAAGAGACAGACGGCGAGGAAGCGCUGCUGGAUUGUCCUCCUCUGGGUUUGGAGUCUCUGCGUGUUGAUGACACUCAGAUCCAGGCUUCAUCCUACCAGCGCAUGGGUCUGGGUCCUCACAGAGGGAGGCUCAACAUCCAGUCUGGCAUUGAGGAUGGAGACCUGUACGAUGGAGCCUGGUGUGCAGAGGUCAAAGACCGGCACCAGUGGCUGGAGGUGGACGCCCUGCAGCCGACCCUGUUCACCGGAGUCAUCCUGCAGGGACGGAACUCCAUCUGGAGUUGGGACUGGGUGGAAACCUACAAGGUGCAGCUGAGCAACGACUCUGUGACGUGGGAAACCUGCAUGAACGGGACCGAGGAAGCAAUCUUUGAAGGAAACCAGAACACGGAGACCCCGGUGCUCGGACUCCUUCCUGUUCCCACCGUCGCCCGGUACAUUCGCAUCAACCCGCAGACCUGGUACUCGAACGGCACCAUCUGCCUCAGGGCCGAGAUCCUGGGCUGCCGAGCCGACGAUCCAGCUAACAUUUACCCACCGGAGCCAGAACCCGGAUCAAAGGACGCUCUGGACUUCAGGCACCACAACUACAAAGAGAUGAGAAAGCUGAUGAAGUCUGUGACAGAGGAGUGUCCAAACAUCACCCGCGUCUACACCAUUGGGAGGAGCUACGAGGGCCUGAAACUGUACGUGAUGGAGAUCUCGGACCACCCUGGCAAACAUGAAGUGGGCGAGCCGGAGUUUCGCUACGUGGCCGGGAUGCACGGGAACGAGGCGCUGGGCCGAGAGCUGCUCCUAAACCUCAUGCAGUACUUGUGCAAAGAGUACAAGAAGGGCAACGAGCGCGUCGUCCGCCUGGUGACUGAGACGCGCAUCCACCUGCUGCCCUCCAUGAACCCCGACGGCUACGAAGCGGCUCAUGCGAAGGUGAGGCACGCGUGCGGCGCCGUGGGACUCGCAGGGGUUGUGACGCCGCUCUGCUGCAGGGCUCGGAGCUGGCGGGCUGGGCCGACGGCCGCUUCAGCGCCGAGGGCAUCGACCUCAACCACAACUUCCCGGACCUCAACAACAUCAUGUGGGACGCGCAGGAGCAGGCGGCGGGGAAGUACAAGGUGUCCAACCACUACAUCCCCAUGCCCGAGUACUACACCAAGGAGGACGCCAUGGUGGCCCCUGAGACCCGCGCCGUCAUCAGCUGGAUGCAGGACGUUCCCUUUGUGCUCAGCGCGAACCUGCACGGAGGAGAGCUGGUGGUCACGUACCCCUUCGACUGCACGCGGGACUGGGCGCCGCAGGAGGACACGCCCACGGCCGACAACGCCUUCUUCCGCUGGCUCGCCACCGUCUACGCCUCCACCAACCUGGCCAUGGCCGACCCCCAGCGCCGCCUCUGUCACUACGAGGACUUCCAGGCUCACAACAACAUCAUCAACGGCGGCGCCUGGCACACGGUGCCCGGCAGUGAGUCCAGUGAGUCACGCUGUCACCAGGAGGAGGUCACAGAGUAACGGCGUCUCCUCUGCAGGUAUGAACGACUUCAGCUACCUACACAACAACUGCUUCGAGGUGACGGUGGAGCUGUCCUGUGAUAAGUUCCCUCACUCCAGCGAGCUUCCCAUGGAGUGGGAGAACAACAGGGAGUCUCUGCUGGUUUACAUGGAGCAGGUUCACAGAGGGAUCAAGGGUGUGGUGAGGGACAAGAUGACCAAGCGGGGAAUAGCAAACGCCAUAAUCAAGGUGGAGGACCACGACCACGACAUCCGAGCAGCUGCUGAUGGGGACUACUGGCGUCUGCUGAACCCCGGCGAGUACAAGGUGGUGGUCUGGGCCGAGGGCUACCUCCCAUCCAUGCGCCGCUGCCACGUGGGGCAGGAGCCGCACGCCACCAUCUGCGACUUCACGCUCACCAAGACGCCCGUCCAGAGGCUGAAGGAGAUCCGCGCCAAAGGGGGGAAGAUCCCGCAGGACCUUCAGCUGCGGCUUCGGGCCCUGAGGCUCCACCGGCUCCGCGCCAGCACCAAGGUCCUCAACCAGCGCCGGGAGAGCCAGCGGCGGCAGAGGAGGAGGGCUCGGUCCUCCGGCGCCCGGAGAGCGUGAGAGGAGACCCCCGCGGAGCGGAGAACGGGUGGAAGAUCGGCCCAGAGGUCAAAAGGUCACUUUUUCAUUUCAAAGCUGUGAUUGGUUAAACUGCCUGACUUGAGUCUCAGUGUCAGCUGGUCUGAUAUGUGAUGGUUUACUUUUAUAACACUGAACCUGUUAGUUCAUUAAAUCUGAAAUCCAGG